UGAAAAAGUAAUCAAACUUUCAAAACAACAAGGCUCUUUCAAGUUUCAAGGUCUUUUCAAAACGCUUCUUUUCUUUUCCAAAAAUUUUUUUUCGGAGUUUUGUGUUUUGAAUGUUGUGACCGGGAGUGUUUCCACGUUAUUUUUUUAAUAAUUUAAGAACCAUGUCGGCGGACCUAUAUUGGAUGAUCACACGCAACAACAACGCGUACUUGUUGAAAAAGCGCGACAUCAAGAAACCUUUCAGCACCGAACCCGGUAACUUGAAAAAUGUAGCUUCAUUCCGUUACAGUGGUAUCGUUCAACCUAAAACUGUCGAUAUCCGAGCUGCGAAAGAUGGCAAAGGUUUCGUUGUAACUACGAAGAGAUCCAAGAAACAGAAUAAACCAGGCAAAUCCAACGUUUCUGUGACCAUGUCAGCUGGACCCCGCCGAUCAUUAUACAAGCUCAGACGUUACUUGGAUGGAAGCAAAUAUCGUAAAGAUCUUACUCAAGUUGCAUUGAGGAAAGCCAGUUCUAUUUUGGAGUCGCAGAAAAGAUCAGCAAUUAUUGCCAAAAAGAGUAGGACCAAGAAAUCCGAAUAAUUCUGUAUAAAUAAAUUAUUUGUUUAUAAAGUUGCUUGUUGUACA